AUGAGUUCAAUUGUAUCAUGGGUGACGAACCAGCAGCCUGUCACUCAUGCUAGUUCAGACAGUGUAGACUCCCGGCCCUUCAACCGAGCGAAACUGAUGAACAUAGGCGCGGUGGUCGCAGCCCGCGCCGGGUUCCCUUGUCUCGUCCUACAUGACGUAGACUUGUUGCCGCUGAGGCCUGCCAAUAUAUACGCCUGUACGAACAGCCCUAGGCAUAUGUCAUCAAGUAUCGACAAGUUUAGAUUCGUCCUGCCAUACCUCGGCCUUUUCGGCGGCGCCAUAGCCAUAACCACGGCCCAGUUCUCAGAAAUAAACGGGAUGAGCAACGAAUACUAUGGCUGGGGCGGCGAGGACGACGACUUGUAUGUGCGGCUGGAGGCGCACGGGUUGACACGGUGCCGGUUCGAACCCGCGACCAGUCGGUACCACAUGCUCACACACCGGCACGACCCCAGGACUAAUACUCAAACGGUGGAAAAGUUACUAAAACACGCAAAAGACAGACUAAAAGAGGACGGGCUGAAGUCUCUGCAGUACACAGAAGUGGCCACGGUAAUGCACCCUCUCUUCACUCAUAUCAUGGUUGAUCUUUAG